GAGAAAAAUGGUCACCUGAUGAGCGCCUACCCUGUGUCAAGCCCUGGUCCUUAAAUGUCACCUCACUCAGUCUUCCCCACAGCCCUCAAGGCUGAGUUGAUGAGCACACUCAGGGUGAAGUGACAGCUUGCAGCUGGUUAGGGGCUGAGUCAGCCUUGGUGUUAGGGACUUGAGCUGGUAUGUUCCUGGGCGUUGGGUCCCAGGCCUGCACCUUGCCAGCUCUGUGCUGCGGCCAGUUACUUCCCCCUUCAGAUAUCUCAGUUUCCUCAUCGGCUGUCUUCUGGGACUUCUGGGAGACAUGCACGUGACAGUUUGUGGCGCAGAAACUGGCUAGCAGUAGGGGCUGCUCCAGGCGUCAGAAUUUGCUCCAACACUUCACCGGCCAACGUGGAGCUCACUAACUCCUGGAUAAGAAAACUGCAGCCAGAAGAAGGACCCUGGCUUUGGAAGGUGGAGCUCAGGCCAAGGAGGUAGAUGCUGUCCUUGGUCGGCUCACGCCUCUCCAGAUGUAGGAAGCCCCGUCAGGCAGCCAUGGAGUGGCACAACGACACAAGCCAGGCUCUGGGCUCACCGCCGACCACCUGUGUCUACCGAGAGAACUUUAAGCGGCUACUGCUGCCCCCCGUGUACUCCGUGGUGCUGGCGGCUGGCCUGCCGCUGAAUAUCUGUGUCAUCGUCCAGAUCUGCUCGUCCCGCCGGGCCCUGACGCGCUCGGCCGUGUACACCCUGAACCUGGCCCUGGCUGACCUGCUGUACGCCUGCUCCCUGCCCCUGCUCAUCUACAACUAUGCCCGAGGUGACCACUGGCCCUUCGGCGACCUCACCUGCCGCCUGGUGCGCUUCCUCUUCUAUGCCAACCUCCACGGCAGCAUCCUCUUCCUCACCUGCAUCAGCUUCCAGCGCUACCUGGGCAUCUGCUACCCUCUGGCCCCCUGGCACAAGCGUGGGGGCCGCCGGGCUGCCUGGAUAGUGUGUGGAGCCGUGUGGCUGGCUGUGACAACCCAGUGCCUGCCCACAGCCUUCUUUGCUGCCACAGGCAUCCAGCGUAACCGCACUGUCUGUUACGACCUGAGCUCGCCUGCCCUGGCCACCCGAUACUUGCCCUAUGGCAUGGCGCUCACAGUCAUCGGCUUCCUGCUGCCCUUCGCCGCCCUGCUGGCCUGCUACUACCGUCUGGCCCGCCGUCUGUGCCGCCAGGAUGGCCCCGCAGGGCCUGUGGCCCAGGAGCGGCGUGGCAAGGCAGCCCGCAUGGCUGUGGUGGUGGCAGCCGUCUUUGCCAUCAGCUUCCUGCCUUUCCACAUCACCAAGACAGCCUACCUGGCGGUGCGCUCUACGCCGGGUGUCUCCUGCCCCGUGCUGGAGGCCUUCGCAGCCGCCUACAAAGGCACGCGGCCCUUCGCCAGUGCCAACAGCGUGCUGGAUCCCAUCCUCUUCUACUUCACCCAAAAGAAGUUCCGCCAGCGGCCACAUGAAUUGUUCCAGAAACUCACAGCCAAGUGGCAGCGGCAGGGGCGCUGAGCCCCUGGGGCAGGACAGACCCUAAUAUCUCAGCAACAGCUAUUUAUUGAGCCCAUUUUUGGACCAGGCCUUGUGGGCACAGACACAGGGCAGCCUGAGCCUGGCCCUGCGGAAGGUCCCGUGAGCCAUGGAGAGGUGGAGAAGCCAUGUUGAGCUGCUCACACAAAUAUAUGUGACAUGUACUGUAAUUGAGGAGUAUGCUGCAUGCUUUGGAGUCACUUAUAAGGGAGUGAGGGAAGAUGGGGGUGGGGAGGAGUGAGAGCUUCUGGGAAGAGGCAUUUGAGCUGGGUUUUGAGGGAUGAAUAUGAGCGGGGUAUGAUGUUCCAUUCAUUCAGCAAACCUUUACUGACACGGUGUGUUCAGGCCUGGGUUGGUUGUGGGUCCCAAAGGAACCAGACCCAUACAGGCUCCCAACUGCUGGAAGUAUUGACGCAGUGACGUAAAGGCUGUGACUGAGGGAAGCGUGGCUGUGGGGACGGGACGGAGUGCUCGGAGGAUGCCCAUGACCCAGAUCAAGAAGUCAGGAGAGAUCUUUUUGGGGGGAGGGGGGAGGAAGGGGAGCAUCUGAACCAGAUGUUAAAGGCUGUUGGGAGCUCUGCCAGCGGAAGAGGGGAGCAUGUUAGUACAGCCUGGGCCAGCCCUAUGCUAGGCUCUGCCCUGGGGCAGACAGGCAGGGAGCUGGGGGUGGGCGGCAUGUGGCCUCCUGUGUGUGAAAGCAGAAAACAUAAGCGCUGUCUUAUGGCCACUCUCCAGACAACCAGUGGCAGGAGGGGGCUCAGCAGGAGAAAUCAGGGAGUGCUUUUUAGAAGAGGUGGAGCCUGAGGUGGGGAGGAGGCUCCUGGUGAAGGCACCGUGCAUGCAAAACCCAGAGGCAGAGAUGCGCUGCACUUGGAGGUAAAGCAAGUGAGCUUCAACUCAGCCCAGGGUUUGGGUGUGUGAGGAGUAGGGUGUUAAGAAAAGAAGCUGGGUGAGACCAGAGCAUUAAAUGCCAGGAAGAGCCCCAGACCCCACUUACCCUCCACCCACCUCUUCCAGACUCAGGGUAUCCACCAGGCCCCUCCAAGGAGGGGAAGUGGCCCUUGGACAUUGCUUCAUUCUAAAAGGAGAGUCAGCAGCUCAGGAGAAAGAGCCACCCAGGGCCAUCAGGAGGCUGCUACAUGGAGGUCCCGUGUCAGGGGCCUGCUGACCAGUCUCAAGACAGACUGCUCUGCCGGCUUCCUCUGUUCUGCCCUCUCAGCUCCAUCAUUCUGGCCUGCGGGUGCCUGGAAGGCUGCCCGGAGGCCAUCUCAUAUGGAUGCAUCUCAAACACAGACCUGAGCCUUAAAAAGGCUUGUAAAGACAUCUUCACUGAAGGUCCAAGGAGGCAGCAAAGGGAAAUACCAGGCAAGGCCCUUCCAGGUCCUCACCCAUUCUCCCCCCAGCACCUCUCCCCUCAGCCACACCUCUGCAGAGCCCCAUCCUCUCUGCUCUUUUUCUCUCCUC